AUGUCGCUUCUUCAACGAGGAUGUCGAGCCACGCUGAGACACUGCUGUGCAACGCGAGCCGUCACUCCUGCAAGACACAGACUCAGCAGCUGGGGUGCAUCGACACAAGCUUCUAGAAACGAUGGAGCCAACAGUCUCGCUUCGAGGCGUAUCCUCACUAGUGGGGGCUUGGUGAAGCGGAUGUCGACGUCGUCUACGGUUGCGACGGAUCCGGAUGACAUGUACACGGCGUCUUUUGCCUUUUUCGAAGCAAUUUGGGAAGCUGGGAUAAGUCAUUGUUUCGUGAAUCUGGGGUCUGAUCAUCCUAGUAUUAUUGAGGCUAUGGUCAAGGGACAGAGGGAUGCGAGGGGGAAGUUUCCUAGGAUUAUUACUUGUCCUAAUGAGAUGGUAGCCAUGUCAAUGGCUGAUGGCUACGCUCGACUCACCGGUAAACCACAAUGUGUGAUUGUCCACGUCGACGUUGGAACACAAGGACUUGGGGCUGCCGUUCACAACGCAUCGACAGGUCGAGCUCCAGUGUUUGUUUUUGCAGGUCUCUCGCCGUUUACGAUUGAUGGCGAACACAGGGGCAGUCGUACGGAAUACAUCCACUGGAUGCAGGACGUGCCUGACCAGAAACAAAUCGUAGCGCAAUACUGUCGAUACACUGGCGAGAUCAAGACUGGUACAAAUGUCAAACAAAUGGUCAAUCGAGCGUUGCAAUUUGCAAAGUCGGAUCCGCAGGGGCCGGUUUACUUGUGCGGCGCUCGUGAGAUUAUGGAGGCUGAUAUCAAGCCCUACCGCCUUAAGCAGGAGAAUUGGAAUCCCAUACGACUAGGCGGCCUCCCUGAUAGUGGUGUCCAAAAGAUUGUUAAUGCACUCGCUGGUGCGAAGAGACCGCUCGUUAUUACCGGGUAUUCUGGUAGAAACCACGACUUCCCAGGUGCGCUCGUUGAGCUUGCGGACACAGUUCCUGGCCUGCAGGUGCUAGAUACUGGUGGUAGUGAUAUGUGUUUCCCUGCUGAUCACCCUGCAUGGCUUGGUUUGCGAUACGGCGUAAGCGAUGCUGUGCCACGGGCUGAUGCGAUUCUUGUGGUCAACUGCGACAUACCCUGGAUUCCUACGCUUUGCAAGCCGAAGGAUGACGCCAAGAUAUUCCAUAUCGAUGUUGACCCGUUGAAACAACUAAUGCCGACGUUUUACAUUGAUGCGAGUGAGCGGUAUAGGGCUGACGCAAAGACCUCCAUCGACCAGAUCACGGCAGCUCUUAAGAAUGGCGAGGCAGCUACUAAACUUCGAUCAGCGGACGAUGCAACUCAGGUUGAACGGGUUCAAACUGAGCACAAGCAACUAUUGGCUACGAUUGAAGAGAAAGCGAAGCCAUUUGAGGAUGGAAGCUUUGGCACUGGCCAUCUAUGCCGAACGCUAAAGUCUCUGUGCCCAGAAGAUACAAUCUAUGCGGUAGAAGCGGUCACAAACGCCAGCUUCGUUAACGAUAAUAUACAACCCACAAUACCUGGGUCCUGGAUCAAUUGCGGCGGCGGCGGUCUCGGCUGGUCCGGAGGAGCCGCACUGGGAAUCAAACUGGCUACCGAGGCAGAGAACCCUGGAAAGGGCAAGUUCGUGGUGCAAAUUGUUGGCGAUGGGACAUUUCUGUUUAGCGUUCCGGGGAGUGUGUACUGGAUUUCGAAGCGGUACAACAUUCCGGUCCUCACGAUUGUGUUGAAUAACAAGGGUUGGCAGGCACCUCGACGGUCAAUGUUGUUGGUCCAUCCAGAUGGACUUGGAUCCAAGGCCUCGAAUGAAGAGAUAAAUAUCUCGUUCCAUCCUGUGCCUGAUUAUUCGGGUAUUGCUAAAGCAGCUGCCGAUGGGGACAUUCACGCCGCGCGGGUUUCGGAGGCCUCUGAGCUGGAGGCGGUUCUGAAGGAAGCUAUCGAGAAGGUUAAGGAGGGUCAGACGGCUGUUGUCGACUGCAAAGUUGUGACGGGGUGCUGA